UCCCAGGGAGAGGGGCUCAGGGCCAUGGAGGGGCCAGCGGGGUACCUGCGGCGGGCCAGCGUGGCCCAGCUGACCCACGAGCUGGGCACGGCCUUCUUCCAGCGGCAGCAGCUGUCGGCCGCGAUGGCAGACACCUUCCUCGAGCACCUUUGCCUGCUGGACAUUGACUCGGAGCCCGUGGCAGCCCGCAGCACGAGCGUCAUUGCCACCAUCGGGCCGGCCUCGCACUCGGUGGACCGCCUCAAGGAGAUGAUCAAGGCCGGGAUGAACAUCGCGCGCCUCAACUUCUCGCACGGCUCCCACGAGUACCACGCUCAGUCCAUCGCCAACAUCCGGGAGGCGGUGGAGAGCUUUGCGACUUCUCCGCUUGGCUACCGGCCGGUGGCCAUCGCCCUGGACACCAAGGGACCGGAAAUACGCACCGGCGUCCUGCGGGGGGGCCCGGAGGCCGAGGUGGAGCUAGUGAAGGGCUCCCGGGUGCUGGUGACGGUGGACCCGGCGUUCCGGACGCGGGGGGACGCGAGCAUCGUGUGGGUGGACUACCCCAAUAUUGUCAAGGUCGUGUCGGUGGGGGGCCGCAUCUACAUAGACGACGGGCUCAUCUCCCUCCAGGUCAAGAAAAUCGGUCCAGAUGGGCUGGAGACCCAGGUGGAGAGCGGUGGCCUCCUGGGCAGCCGGAAGGGUGUGAACUUGCCAGGUGCCGAGGUGGACUUGCCCGGACUGUCUGAGCAGGACGUUCUGGACCUCCGUUUUGGGGUGCAGCAUAACGUGGACAUCGUCUUUGCCUCCUUUGUGCGGAAAGCCAGCGACGUGGCCGCCAUCCGGGCUGCUCUGGGGCCCGAAGGACGUCACAUCAAGAUCAUUAGCAAAAUCGAGAACCACGAAGGCGUGAAGAAGUUUGAUGAAAUCCUGGAGGUGAGCGAUGGUAUCAUGGUGGCGCGGGGUGACCUGGGCAUCGAGAUCCCAGCCGAGAAGGUUUUCCUUGCCCAGAAGAUGAUGAUCGGACGGUGCAACUUGGCGGGCAAGCCGGUCGUCUGCGCCACACAGAUGCUGGAGAGCAUGAUCACCAAGCCGCGGCCCACCCGUGCAGAGACAAGUGACGUGGCCAACGCUGUGCUGGACGGAGCGGACUGCAUCAUGCUGUCGGGGGAGACCGCCAAGGGCCUAUUCCCAGUGGAUGCAGUGAAAAUGCAGCACGCGAUAGCUCGCGAGGCGGAGGCUGCCGUGUAUCACCGGCAGCUGUUUGAGGAGCUGCGCCGGGCCGCACCCCUGAGCCGCGAUCCCACUGAGGUCACAGCCAUAGGCGCCGUGGAGGCCGCCUUCAAGUGCUGUGCGGCUGCCAUCGUCGUGCUGACCACAACUGGCCGCUCAGCACAGCUGCUGUCUCGGUACCGACCUCGAGCAGUGGUCAUUGCUGUCACCCGCUCUGCCCAGGCCGCUCGGCAGGCCCACCUGUGCCGAGGGGUGUUCCCCUUGCUCUACAGUGAACCUCCAGAGACCAUCUGGGCGGACGAUGUGGAUCGCCGGGUCCAAUUUGGCAUUGAAAGUGGAAAGCUCCGCGGCUUCCUGCGCGUGGGGGACCUGGUGAUCGUGGUGACAGGCUGGCGACCUGGGUCUGGCUACACCAACAUCAUGCGAGUUCUGAGCGUAUCCUGAGACACCCUGCAAGCCAGCCCCUCCCCCCACAGACCCCUGCCUGGGCCACACUUGCUCCCUUCCCCUUCACGCAGGCCCUGGAGGGCUGUGUCCAGAGCAGCACCGGACAUCUGGCAGCAGUAGCCCCUGCGCCCCGCACUCUCAGCUGGGCCCUAAGAUGCUCUGAUCCCCUAAUCCUAGCUUAGCUGGUUAAUUCGAUUCCCCUGGGCUUCCUGUACCCGGGGGGUGUGGGGCGAGGGGCACAGGCCAGUCCCCACAAGAUCACUAUCGUGCAUUCUGAUAUUCUCUGAUGUGGCCCCCAUGACGAUCUGAGCACCCCCCGGCCCCGGGGACAGCUCCCCCUCUUCCUCCAUUGUGACGGACAGUGACAUCGAAGCGCCACCCUUCUGGGGAAGCGAGGCUGGAUGAGCGCUGGGGAGCCUGAGAACGGGGGCGGGGGCUCAUCUGGUCACUGUCUUCACAGCCUCUGUGGGGUUUGCAGGCCCCUCCCUGCCCACCUCACGCCUUGUGGUCCCGAUGCCCUGCGGCCUUGUCCUGCACCAGAAACUGCUUCAUGCUGUGCUCCCCCACACAAAACAGGAGCCCAAAUGAGUAGCUCUAUUUUCCUUUUCAACCCAGCUGUUUGGGAGCAAUUAUAAAACCCCAGGACACUAUACUCAAAAGGAAAGAUUUAGGGUCCUGGUCCCCAUUUGCUGAUACUAUAGAACAGGCAUGGGGACAGAGGACAGGGGCAAGAGAUUUCUCUUGGUACUGGCGAGUCUACCCUUCCCCAGCCUCGGAUACCUCGGGUCCUCCCCUCACUCUUGCACCAGCGGUAAACUCAGAAGGGGCUAAAACCCCUAAAAGUAGCAAGAGUCCUCCUCCCCGCCCGCUGGGGUAGCUCUCCAGCCACUCCCUAGGUUGCUCCCUAGGUUGGGAGAAGGCUAAGGAUUGCUGCCCGGUGUUGGAGCUGAGCCAGGACCACAAGAGCUGGCAUGGGGGCCCUGCUCCUUCCUCUGUCCCUACAAGGAGAAGUGGGGAGGGAUGGAUAAAGGAAGGCUGAAUAAAAUGAUAAAUGA